AUGGUCUGUUGUUGUUUAGUUGCACGCGAUCAAAUUUCGUCUGGAAUUUAAAAAAAAAAUUUAAUUUGUUAGUUUUUAAAUUCAAAUUUAUCGUUCGUUUUUAUUUUAUCCAUUGAAUGCGAAAACAUCAAGAAUUGUCAAUAUUUAUUUGCAACGAACAUCAUGAUCUAGUUUUUGGAUUCUUCGUUUUUUUUAUUUAAUUGUUCACCUUGCUUUCCACUAGCCUAGCUAGUUGUUGACCUGUCCUGUCCAGGUUUUCCAGCUGAGAGAAGUUUAAAAAAUAGUUUUGGUUGGUACAUUGAAUUGGAUUGAAUAAGUGCUGCAGUACAAUGCGUCUCACAAAGUACCUUUUCAGUGUAUUUAGUGAUCUUCAGUACUAUGCUCACUGCACGCCUAUUGCUCUCUCCAUGCAACAACUUAUUGAUUUCGGUGCCAAGCAUCGGCCGCCGCAGGAUUCAUUCAACUUUCUUCAGAAGGAACUGCCAGUGAGGAUGGCCAACAUCAUGGUGGAGAUGAGUCUGCUGCCUGAGGUCCUCCUAACCACACAAUCUGUCACUCAGAUCAAGGAGUGGUAUGACAUGAGUUUCAAAGAGUUACUGGAGUUCACAAAACUUGAUCCCAACAAACCAAAAGUUCUCGAAAGAUUCUUGGUGACGUUGGGCAACGUGAAGAAUCGUCAUUCGUCUGUGGUGGAGACAAUGGCCGAGGGAGUCAGGGAGAUGCGCUUGAAACUUCUGGACGAUCCACUAUCUGAACCAAUUAUCAAUUCGAGCAACAUCUCCGAGGUCAUAAGGUCAACCGCCAUGUACUCGCCCUCGUGGUCACUCGAUGAAACUGUCCAGUACUUCCUCGACCGAUUCUACAUGAAUAGGAUCAGUGUCAACAUGCUCAUUGAGACACAUCUUUCCCUGUUCUCGCGUAGAUCAACGAUGGAGGAAGAUGACAGUGACUCGAUCAGCAGUGACGAGCUGGACUCCGAUGCAGACGUGAACAAAGAGGUACAUCACCUCAUCGGCUGUCUGGACCCCAGAUGUGACGUCAUCCUACUUGCUAAAAACGCCUUUGAAGAUGCAAAAGACUUGUGCGAGAAACAUUUUGGAUUCUCAACUGAUUGUCAAUUUGCUCACUAUUCUGACUCAAUAAAGGGUCACAAAGUGAAGAUGACAUAUGUGCCAUCACAUCUGUAUCACAUACUCUUUGAACUGUUCAAGAAUGCCCAGAAGGCCACCCUAGACAAAUACACGGGGUCCCCGAAACUGCCCCCACUUAGCUGCCUCAUCAGCAAGGGCGAGGAAGAUGUCGUCAUCAAGAUAUCAGACAGAGGUCGAGGGAUAGCUAGGAGCAACUUGACUAACAUAUUUCGAUACCAGUGCUCGUCAUCGCCGACCCCUCCCCCUCCCGACGACGAGACGUUAACCGUCUCCCCAUUGUCAGGGUAUGGUUACGGACUACCUCUGUCGCGUCUGUACGCCCGCUACUUCAGUGGCGACUUGUGGUUAAACUCCAUCGAGGGCUAUGGUACCGAUGCCAUGGUUGCUCUUAAGGCAAAGCCUUCAGAGGCAACAGAAAUCCUACCUCUCUUGAACAAAACAGCAUCCAGCCACUACUCACCACACGUUCAGAUCAAUGAUUGGAGUGACUCCAGACAGAUCAGAAAACGUUACGUCAGCAAAGUAGCUGCUGCUGCUGGUUCUGGGAGCAGUGUAGAUGCUUCAGCUGCUACUGCUGCUACUUUGGGCAGGUCUAAACAAGAAGUUGCAGGUUCUUCCUCGCAGUCCUCCUCGUCUAAAGUGCAUGAUUGA